AUGGAAGCAGUCCAGAACCCACUCCUCGACACAACCCCAGAGACUCCCGUCGCUGGACCAUCUACGGCCCCCACGGCCCCGGCUGAGGGUGCCGCCCCGCUCUCGAAGAACGCCCAAAAGCGCGCCGCCAAGAGGGCUCACUACGAAUCCGUCAAGCUCGAGAAGCGUGCCGCAGAGAAGAUUCGACGACGCGAGCGCCAGGCAUACCUUACCGAAGGGUAUGCAGCCGGCACACUGUCGACCGAGGACGCAGCCCUUGUCGACAGGCAGCGUGCUCUGAAGCGUGCGCGCAAGGCGAGCUCUAGGGGCAGCGACGCGGCGUUUGGCGGCGCAGUGGUCGUCGACUUGGGUUUUGACGAGCUCAUGACCGACCAGGAGAUUUCGAGCAUGAACUCGCAGCUGGGUUACGUCUACAGCAUUAACCGCACGAGCAAGGUGCCCUUUGGCGCUGUCCUCCACACCGGGUUUGGGCCGACCAAGAGCCCCCGCUUGUGGGAGAAGAUGGCCAAGAGUACCUGGAACCGCUGGUCCAGGAUGCACUUUUGGGAGGAGGACAUUGAUUUGCUCGCCAAGGUGAUGAAGGAAGGCGCUGAGGCCAAGGUCGAUGGCGCGGCUGAGGUCGAUGGCGACGCUGGAGCCGCUGUCAAGGGACCUGUCGACCUCGGACCGACCGAUACCAAGAACAUCAACCCCGACGAGCUCAUCCCGUUUCUUUCGGGACCCAACCUGCCACCCUCUAUCCCCGCGACUCACAAGCUCGUGUACCUCUCGGCCGACGCCGAUGAGGAGCUCACCACGCUCGCCGACGACGAGGUGUACAUUAUCGGCGGCAUUGUCGACCGCAACCGCCACAAGAACAAAGCCGACCGUAUGGGCAUCCGUACUGCCCGCCUGCCAAUUGGCACAUAUCUCGCCGACCUGCCGACCCGCAAGGUCCUGACCGUCAACCAGGUCUUUGAGAUUUUGACACAGUACCUUGCGCUCAAGGACUGGGCGGCAGCGUUCGAGGCCGUCAUCCCCCAGCGCAAGUACUUCUCGGGCAAGAGCGAAAAGUCCAAGGCCAACAAGGCCAAGGGUGCCGCCGGAGACGCCGAGGGUGACGGGGAUGAGGACGAGGACGAGGACGAGGCAGAGGAGGACGAUGAGGAGAGCGCAGCCAAUGGCCAGAUGGAUGUGGACGACGAGGAGGCGGCAAUGAACGCCUAG